GCCAGGUGCAGGGGGCGUGGCCACAGAGUCAAUGAGAAAGAGGUAUAAGGUGAAUCUGCUCUACCCAGACCAGGGGUCCUAAAAGCUUUAGCAAAGAGGACAGUUUAAAGCUGCGUCUCUCUCCAGAACCAUGCGUGGAGGCUGGUUCCACAUGAGAGCAUCUGGGUCGAUGUCAGGAUGCGGCACAGAGCGGACCCAAAUGCACAGUGCUAGGACACGAGAGAUGGUUGGUGGUCGCACACUUUGGCUGAGCUGCUUGCUCACAUCCAGCGCUGUGCUGCUGCUCGGGGUCUCUCUGUCUGAUGUAGAAGCUUCCAGCUGUCACCAAAGAACCAUCCAUAAAAGAGUUGGAGACGCUGUGGAGCUCUCGACAUGUUUAUCACCUGACGAAUCACGUCAACUCAUAGUAGCGCGUUGGAAAAAAGGAGAAACAGAGGUUGCAGACAAGGAUUCACAUGGAUCCAAAGAGUUCAGUGACAGAUUUUACCUAAACCCCACAAACUUCAGUUUAAGAGUGAGAAAACUGACUCUUCAAGAUUCUGGUAAAUUCAGUUUUGUCUCAGAGGUGAAUAAUCAUCAAUUACAGUCGGUUUUCAUCACGCUGCAAGUUCAUGAGCCGAUAACUCAGCAUCCUGACCUUCAGGUCAAUUCUACCUGGAAUGACUUAAAUAAAUCCUGCAGAGUUUUGCUGGAGUGCAGUUCGGUCUAUAACACCAACGUCAGAUACAGUCUGUCUGUCAGGAACCAAACACACAGUGGCUCCAGGCUGCAGUUCAGCAUCAGACCAGAGGAUGGAGAAACCACAUUUACCUGCACAAUAUUUGACUUUGUCAGUGAGAUGUCAGCGUUUAAAACACUGACAUGCAGCAACAGCACUGAAUCACUCAAACCUCCAAAACCAUUUGGAGAACACUGGUGUUGUGCCGAGUGCAGCCGUGAGAGGCUGUGCACUAAUCAUCAUUAUAGUUGGCUCAGCUGUGGGCGUCAGUCGUUGCAAAUGGAGACAGAUGGCAUCCAGCCUCAGACUGUCUACGACCGGAUCCAGCUGAGUCGAGUGAGGAAGCCUUCAACACCCAAUCAAGAAAUUUAGGGAAAAGCGGUGGAUCACUACAGACUAUGCAGCUUAAAGUUCUGUCAGGGUCAGACAAUUAAAGCCUGAACGUAUAUACAGUAUAUGAAUGCUUUGAUCACAUUUACCUCCAUGAUCACAUGGUACGUUUUCUAUUUGAAGCCUUGCUUUUGUGCAUUCAAUGCAAUUUGUGGUCCUGGCACUUAAUUUUGUAUAUUCUGUAAAUACAGAAAUUCUAUUUUUUAUAACAUAUUAAACAUAAGUAUAGUGGU